AUGGUAGCCUUCACCAAGCAUUCGAAGUCACUCCCAGAGCUGACUGCUCAAAUUCCCUUUGUGGAGAACAUGCGAGUAAAAAACUGGGAAGCUCGCCUCCACUGUCCCGCAGCGAUCGUUAAACCGACGGGGAUUCAACAGGUCCAAGAUUGUGUUCGAUGGGCUCUUGAGCAUCGAACUAGCCUCACUGUCGUUGGUGGUGGCCACAGCGGCCACUGCCUACAACCCAAUAUUGUGGCGGUCGAUAUGUCUUAUUUUGAUCAGAUUCAUAUCCUUCACGCGAGCAACAACGAAGCUGGGACUAAUCCGGAUCGUACGCCGCUUGUCGUCGCUGGAGCGGGCUGCAAGGCAGGCGAUAUUGUCCGUAAGACUAUGGGAGCCGGCGUGACCGUGCCUUUAGGUGCCCGCCCAAGUACCGGCGCGGGGCUGUGGCUGCAAGGUGGCAUUGGUCACCUGGCUAGAAUCUAUGGACUCACAUGCGAUGCCAUUGUCGGUGUCGUUGCUGUCAGUCUUCGAUCAGGUCUGGUCCUCUGCAUCGGCGAUGUACCCGGUGAACACCGCCCGAUGGAUGCUGUCCAUCCGGAAAACCAGUCCGACCUUUUAUGGGCGACAAAGGGCGCUGGGACGAACAUUGGCAUAAUAAUCAGCGUGGCCUUCAAAGCCUUUCCAGCUCCGACGUACCUGGUUCGAGAAUGGAGUGUUCCGCUGAUGGAUUUUCAGCAUGCGCAGCAUGAAAUGAGCGCUUUUGACCAAGCGCUGGCGGGGCAGCUACCAGAGAAUUGCUCAGCAGAUGCAUAUCUCUACUGGGAAGAUGGUCGGAUGCACCUUGGGGUGAUGGUGUUUGAAUGCUCAAUACCUGGACGUGACGUGGAGCCUCUUUCACAUGUUUCUCUUCCUAUAGGCCCCACGUCCGGAACAAAACAUACUCUGAGGGUUAUGGAUGGUGUGGAAGUUUUUGACGCCGAGAUGUAUAUGUCCAGAAUGCAUGGCGGGCAUGGUGGUAACAAGACCUCUUCGUUCAAGCGCUGUUUAUUUUUGAACAGCAUUUCAUCGCCAAAGAUCUUCGCGACAUUAGUACGAGCUAUUGAGAGUCGUCCGUCCCCAUUCUGCUACCUUCAUUUGCUUCAUGGUGGUAAGGCGGUCAACAACGUGGCACCUGAUAUGACCGCUUUCGGGUGUCGCGGUUGGGACUAUGCAUGUAUCGUGACAGGCGUGUGGUCUCUAAACGACGAUACCGUGAUAAAUUCCGGAGAUGUCGUGCAGUGGGUAUACCGAGUGGCUGCGGACUUAUUACCCCUGAGUUGUGGGGUAUAUGGCGCAGAUUUGGGGCCCGACCCAAGAGACGUGACACUGGCGGCUAAGGCAUUUGGACCGAAUCUGCAGCGCCUAGCCUACCUCAAACAUACCACCGAUCCAUCCGAUGUCCUGACUUAUACGUGUCCGCUGCCAGAAGUGCCAGCAGCACAGAAGCUCAUUAUUCUAGUCACUGGUGAAAACGGAGCCGGAAAAGACUUCUGUGCAAACAUCUGGGUUUCUGUAUUCACCGAGAAUAUUCAGAGAAGUGUUGUGGCACGCGCUGUAAGCAUUAGCGAUGCGACCAAGCGAGAAUAUGCCGUAGCCACCGGUGCCAAUCUGGAGCGUCUGCUUCAAGAUCGAGCUUACAAAGAGCAACAUCGAUCCAAGUUAACGCGGCUCUAUGAAGACCAGGUCCGACAACGGCCGCAUCUUCCCGAGGAGCAUUUUCUUGAUGUGGUCCACGAGGCUACAGAUGUCGAUGUUCUUGUAAUCACAGGCAUGAGGGAUGAAGCUCCAGUUGCAGCCAUGUCGCAUCUAGUGCCUACCACUAGAGUCCUGGAGGUACAUGUCAGGACGACUGACAGCAUCCGAGAGGGCCGACGGCAGGGUCUCACUGAUGAUGAUACUUCAAAUUCGACUCCCUUGAGACACUGCCCAACCUUUGUAUUCGAAAAUCAUCAAACUGGAGGGGAGGGGGCAAGAAGGUUUGCGGAGAGCAGAUUGCUUCCAUUCCUUCGCGAAGAUUUUCAGUGGCUCGCCCAGAUUGUUCGUUGUGUGCCCAACUUUCCGCGCCCAGGCGUCGAGUUCCGGCAUGUCUUGAGCAUCGCCGAGCAACCCGGUGGGCUGGCUCUGUGCACCUCUUUGAUGCAGUCUUCUUUCGCAGGGGACUGGAAUAAAGUUAAUACGAUCACCUCUUGCGAGGCUGGGGGGUUCAUAUUUGCUUCACCACUUGCUUCAAAAGUUAACAUCCCUUUCACGCCAAUCCGUGAAGCAGAAAAACUACCUCCACCCAACAUAAUAGUCCCUAUCUCUGCUUCGCAUAUAUCUGCCUCUGCAUCGGGAUCUCAGUCUGCCAGAGUAAGACACAUUGGGAUUUGCGAGGGUGCAAUCCAGAGGGGUGGGUUAAUCGUGGUUGUAGACGACGUACUCGCCACUGGGAACACGCUUCAUGCUGUUUUACGGCUUCUUAAGGAAGCGAACAUUUGUUUGGAUCAUGUCAAAGUCAUGGUAGUCGUUGAAUUUCCUGUUCAUCGUGGCCGACAACUGCUGCAGGAGCGCGGUUUUGGCAAAGUGCAUAUACAAAGCCUCCUAACUUUCGAUGGUGUUUAA